AUGACAGUCCAAAGAUUAAAGUAUAUUAAGAAAGAGUUAGAUCCUGAUAUCAUCUUCUUAAUGGAAACAAAAAAUCCCCCAGAGUUUGUGACCUCAACGCUAGAUCCUUUAAACUUCGAGUCAUUAUACCACGUCCCACCUCACAGCCCUGGCGGAGGAGGACUGUCUCUUUUAUGGAAUGCUUGUGUGGAAAUCAAUGUACUAUCAUCUUGUGAUAAUUUUAUUGAUGCGGAAAUCUCUUAUAAGAAGAAAACAAUUCACUCUACAUUCACAUAUGGUGCACCUGAACUUCAACGUCGCAGACAAGUUCUCCAAACACUCACAGAUUUGGGAUUAUCAAGAACACAGCCUUGGUACCUUACCGGUGAUUUCAAUGAGAUCCUAGACAACAACACUCCGGUAACUUCCUGUCCUGGAGAGGCGUGCGUUACAACCAUACCGUCCAUUGCCGACUUGACCGCGCCUUAUCCAACAGUACAUGAGCCGAUAUGCUUCCCUCAGGCAGAUGCUCCUAUCUCAACUUUGAAGGUUCUGAUCAUAGACCGAUCAUCUCAUACCUUGAACCGGAUUAGAAAAGGAGGAAAGGAUUAUUUCGCUAUGACAGGCGGCUCUGCAAAAACGAGGAAGUCAGAAAGAUUAUCGCCAACACCUGGAAUCAACACCGAAACUCUGUCGAGGAUAAAAUUGCAGCCUGCCGAAGAGCGUAAGAUAAAGGAAGGUAAACAAAAACUGGAGCUCGCUAUGGCUAGUGAAGUAGCAGAUGAGAGCUUGAUCCUCAUUUAUGAGGAAUUCGAGAUACUUGAAGUUAUCACAGAAUACUUCUCCAACCUGUUCACAUCAAGUAAUGCAUUGUCAAUCGAUGUAGUUGAGGAAGCAAUUUCUAGCAGGAUACCCGAGGACACAAACAACAAGCUUAUAACGAUCCCGACAGCCAAAGAAGUGUGUGAUGCAGUGUUUAAUAUCCACCCCGAUAAGGCGCCGGGACCUGACGGAUUCUCAGCUGGAUUCUUUCGCACCAACUGGAGCACAGUCGGACCAGCUGUAACUACGGAAGUCAUCGAGUUCUUCAGAGACGAAACCUGGCCUCAGAACAUUAAUCUGACCCAUAUCCGGCUCAUCCCAAAGAUUAAGUCUCCUAAGGUGGUUGCUGAUUAUAGACCUAUAGCUCUAUGCAGCGUAUACUACAAGAUCAUUUCCAAAAUCCUUACGAGACGGAUCCAACCUAUCCUCGAUUCCAUCAUCGCGGAAAAUCAGUCGGCCUUCAUUCCCGGCAGAGCUAUCACAGAUAACAUCAUGAUAACACAUGAAACGUUACACUUCUUGAAGAGAUCGGGGGCGACAAAACAUUGCUCAAUGGCCGUGAAGACUGAUAUGAGCAAGGCGUAUGAUCGGCUAGAAUGGGACUUCAUUAAAGCGGUGAUGACCAGACUGGGAUUACACGAGAACUUCUGCAGCUGGAUCAUGCAAUGCCUUUCUUCAGUCAGAUACUCGAUACUACUGAACGGAGAAGCCCAAGGGAUGAUCACCCCGACCCGAGGGAUACGACAAGGCGACCCGCUUUCGCCUUACAUCUUUAUCCUAUGCAGUGAAGUGCUUUCCGGACUUUGUACAGCAGCACAGCGACGAGUGACCCUAGCAGGACUGCAAGUCUCGUGUCGUAGCCCGAAGAUAAACCGCCUUCUAUUUGCUGAUGAUACUAUGUUCUUCGCAAAGACAAACCCGAAGAGUGUAGCGGCUCUUAAAGAGGUGAUCGAGAGAUACAAAAGGGAAUCAGGGCAAGCCAUCAAUGCUGCAAAGUCAGCCAUCACAUUCUCAUGGAAAAUGCCCCAAGGAAUCACAGAUAGAGUCAAAAACAGUCUCGGCAUUGCUAAAGAAGGAGGCCAAGGAAAGUACCUAGGCCUUCCGGAUCACUUCGGACGCCGGAAACGAGUUAUGUUUACGCCCAUUGUCGACCGCAUACGCCAAAAGGCUAUGAGUUGGAGCACACGACAGCUAUCAGCAGGGGGCAAGAUGUCGAAAAGAGAUGGAGGACUAGGCUUCCGUGACAUUGAAAUCUUCAACGACUCCCUCCUAGCCAAACAGGGCUGGUGCAUCCUCCAGAAGCCGGACUGCUUACUUGCUAAGGUCCUACUGGGCAAGUACUGCAACUAUGAGACGUUCUUAGAAGUCCAAGCUAGCAACUCGUGUUCCCAUAGAUGGCGGAGCAUAUUAUGUGGUAGAGACCUCCUCCUUGAAAACACAGCGAAAGUAAUAGGAGACGGAAAGGACACAAGCAUUUGGAAUGAACCUUGGUGCUCCACAGAUAGAAGACUACAACCAAUGGGACCACUAGAGCUUGCUACUAAAGACCUAAAAGUCGCAGAUUUAAUGAUAGAGGACUCAACGGAAUGGAACAUGGAGCUUAUCAACUGA